UUGAAAAAAAGAGAAAAAGAAAAAUGUGAUGAUAGAGUGAGGUGAGGGAAGCAGUCCUUUAAAAUCUUCCCCCCACAUUAAUGCCUCCAUUUUAGUUCCUUUUCCUCUUUAAUUCAUUCUUUUCUCUGCAAUCCCAUGGGCAAGAAAAUGAAGCUCCCUUCCCUACUACACAACAAACCCUCUUCUUCUUCUUGGCCCUGCCACCAACCGCGAACCCUCUCUUUCCGAACCCAAAACGACGCCGCAUUCAAAACCAUCAACGCCGCUUACUUGGACACGCUGGAGAGCUCCGAAACUUCCUUCUUCACAGUCUCCCCUGACUCCGGAAGCUUCUCAACUGCCUCAGAACAAGAUUCUAGAAGACCCCACUCACUAGACUCCGUCAUUCGCGGCUUGCGUUCCGACCGCUUAUUCUUCGAGCCAGACGAGACAAGCUCCAUAUUAGAGGCCAGACCACCACCACCACCACCACCACCAUCACCACCACCACCACCAACAACAACAACAACGUUGCCGUUCAAAGACAGCGUUGUCAUGUCCGUGGACUCUCAGGACCCUUACGUCGAUUUCCGCAGGUCCAUGGAGGAGAUGGUGGAGGCGCAGUGCGUCAAGGACUGGGAGGGUCUCCAAGAGCUUCUGUGUUGGUAUUUGAAAGUCAAUGGAAAAACCAACCAUGGCUAUAUUGUUGGCGCUUUCGUCGAUUUAUUGGUCGCUUCUUCUUCUUCUUCUUCCUCUUCCUCUUUCUCGGUUUCUUCUUCUUCUAAUAAUAAUAACAACUCCCAAAUAGUAUCUCCUUCUUCCCCUUUAUCUUUUUAUAGCUCUUCUCUCUCUUCCUCUUGCAGCACUCGCUGUGUUUCUUGUUUGGAAGCUGAGGUCGUCGAGGUUCAUAAUGAUAUAGCCACUAGUACUCCUACUUCUUCUUUCUUGUUACAACAAGUUAGGGAAGACCAGCCAUCAUCUUCUUCUUCUUCUUCCUAUUUGAAUUAAAUAUUACUUUUUUUUUUAUUUGAACCUAAGGGAAAUCAGUUAUUUUUAAUUGUAAUAUUUGUUCUGUAUUAUAUACUUAGUAGUUUAUAAUUAGUAGUAGCAUUUUUGUUUCAUAUAUGGCGCGCGAGCUUCCAUGGCUCUGUUAAUGGAGGAAAUUAAUACUGCAACCGUACGUGAGAGAGAGAGAGAGAGAGAGAGAGAGAUUGUCAAUUUUUGUUUCCUUUAUCCCAUGGGAAGCCAACAAGGAGUAAAAAUUUCUAUAUUUGUCUUGAAUUAGAUUAUGCUUACAAGAUUUGUAAAGUCAUUAUCUCUUGUCAAUCUAUGUAUAUGUGGCUAAAUGACAUCAAAUCCGAUCUAUAUAUUGCUUUCGUUGAGAUAAGA